CCCCACACCACAUCUACUUGCCUCCGACUGAGCAGCAAGUGGAAGAGGAGCAGCAGCAGCUACAGAGCUGAACAUGAAGUCUCUUCUUCGUCUCUCACUCCUGCUUCUUCUGGCUGCCGUUCUGGUGCAAGGAAUGCCAACCUCCAGCAGAGGACGCUGUCUUUGUAUAACAGCUGGUGCACCUGCAAUCCACCCAAAAUAUAUUGCAAAGUUUGAAAUAUAUGGGCAAAGCAGCAGUUGUCAGAAAAUCGAAGUGAUUGUCACACUGAAAGGGAGCGGGCAAAGAAAAUGUCUGAACAGCAAAUCCAAGCAAGCAUCACGCCUGAUACAGAAAUUCUUGAAGAGAAGUAACUAACAGCAGCGGCCUGAAAGGAAGACUGUGCAAAACUACUAGUGAACAUGACUGCUCACGCCAUUUACCUGCUCACAACGAGGCGAGCACCCGGCCAGCCUGACUUGUCCCUGGAGUGCUAUUCCAUAGCUUCUAGCCAUGCAAGUACAUCACGAUGUGUGAUCAGCCCCACAGCAGAUAAAAUAUUUGCAACUAUUUUCCUGUGCGUCAACAUCUGUCAUCAUUCUUCACACUGGUUAUUUUGACUGCUAUUGUUUUAGCCUUGUCAGGGUUUUUGUCAUCAGGAACUUGAUCUCAGCCAGAGCAGAUUUGCUAAGACAUGACAAAAAGUAGGUCCUCUCUGAUAUGCUUAAUUAUGCAUUUACCUUAGAGACACUGUAGAACUCUAUCCCAAAGAAACCAGUUGAGUCUUUUGGGUCAAUCAUUCAUAUUCUAUGAAUAUUCAGGAAGAGCAUUCUCCUUUUAAAAAAAAUAUGCAAGGGAAACCCCCAUUUACAUAAAAAUAUGCUUGAAGCAAACUAACAAAAGCCAGCAACCUCACAGUCAGAGUUUUAACCCUAUCUUUAACUCAAAGUACUGGCUUAUUAGUUUCAUAAGAGAGUUUAAGAGGAAUUGUCACCCUCCGAUUUGGAUUUUUAUCUUCCGUCGGUUUGUAUCAUACUGGCUAUAACAUUGAGACAUAAUUUGUCAUGAAUAGUACGAAUAGAUGUACAAUCAUUUCAAAAGACAUACUUUGGAAAUACAUAAAGGUACAUUUUGUUUUUUGUCUGAGACUGUAGAUUUCUUUUUUUAAACAUUGAACUAAUAUCUUGAAUUUGUGCGUUUUGUAAAUAAAUAGAUUUGUUGGA